GCACCUGCCUGUAUUUGUUGCGGGACAUUAGAGUAACGUCACGUCCUUUCGGUCACGGCAACGCCGAUAGAAACACGAGUGUCCCUUUGCUCUCUUUACUUGGACUUACGGAAUUUUCUGAAACCAAGAUAUACCACUCGGCUGUCAAACAUGAAACCCAUUCUACUUCAGGGCCACGAGAGGUCCAUCACUCAGCUCAAGUACAACAGAGAAGGGGACCUCAUCUUCUCCGUGGCUAAGGACACGGUUACAAAUGUGUGGUACUCGGUGAACGGCGAGCGUCUGGGCACCUACAAUGGACACACGGGAGCGGUGUGGUGUGUCGACUGCGACUGGGACACAAAGAACGUGUUGACGGGUUCGGCAGACAACAGCUGUCGGCUGUGGGAUUGCGAGACUGGUAAACAGUUGGCCUUGGUCAAUACCAACUCUGCGGUCAGAACGUGUGGCUUCGACUUCAGUGGCAACAUCAUCAUGUUUUCCACGGACAAGCAGAUGGGCUACCAGUGCUUCCUCAACUUCUUUGACCUACGGGAUCCACAACAAAUCGCUGACAACCAGCCCUACCUGACCGUCCCGUGCAGCGACCACAAGAUCACCAGCGCCGUGUGGGGGCCACUCGGCGAGUUUGUCAUCGCCGGACAUGAAAACGGCGAGAUUAACCAGUUCAGCGCCAAGUCGGGGGACAUCCUGAAGACGAUCAAGGAGCACAACAAGCAGAUCAAUGACAUCCAGACGUCAGUGGACCUGACCAUGGUCAUCACUGCAUCCAAGGACAACACUGCCAAGCUCUUUGAUUCGGCCUCCCUGGACCACAUCAAGACAUUCAGGACCGAGAGACCCGUCAACUCUGCCUCCAUCUCGCCCAUCAUGGACCACGUGGUGAUGGGCGGCGGUCAGGAGGCCAUGGAGGUGACCACCACCUCCACCAGGAUUGGCAAGUUUGAGGCCAGGUUCUUCCACGCUGCAUACGAGGAGGAGUUUGGCAGAGUUAAGGGACAUUUCGGACCCAUCAACUGCGUGUCCUUCCACCCGGACGGCAAAAGUUACAGCAGUGGAGGAGAGGACGGAUAUGUGAGGAUUCACUACUUUGACCCGCAGUACUUUGACUUUGAGCUGGAGGUGUGAAAAUCACGCGCACCGGACGCUUUCUUGAGACUCGCAACAACAGGGCGUCCGGCUUGCUUGACACCUCCCAUCGCACACAUCUGUUCCUACCACCUUCAGUAAACAGGUUUGACUUGA